GCUUUGUUGUGACAUCACAAAGUUCCAGAAGUCCUGACGGCUGGUUUUAAGGCUCAGUUUCUGAAUACAGGCUGUGUGCAUUUCUCUGUGGACUGAGGCUUUGAUACUUUCACAGUAUUAAUAUAGAAGCUAGAGCUGAUCUAUAAUCACACUACACAUGGACACAGACCUUUACACUGGAGGAGCUUUAAUAUUUUUGGUUAAACCUGUUUUAUCGUUUUACAUUUCACAUGUCAAAUAAGCUUUUUGUCCCCAGCUGCUGCCUGUACAGACGGAGUUUAAAUGUGUGUGCGGGGGUGUGUGAUCGUAGUUCAGUCUCCGGCGGGUCGACAGUCUCUCUGACUGUGACACAGAGAGACGUGCAGCUCAAACCACCUUCUCUUCUGUUCAUUUCCUCUGCUUCUGUUGUGGUUGGCAGGAUGAACGCUGCUGCUGCUGCUGCUGAUCACACACACUCAGGUUAGAGGUUUACACGACUCGGGGCUGUUGACGAGUUCUUUACAGAAUCCAAACAGAAUGAUCCAGAGCAGAUCGACACCAGCUGGUCCCUGAUCAGGAUGGACUUUAUCAGAAAAUACAGACUGACGUUCUCCUCCUCUUCCUCCUCUUCCUCCUCGUGUUGACCUCAGUGAAACGACGACAUCAUGUCUGCUAACUCCAGUGAAGCUAACUGCUCAGGUCAGAUCCCGGAGCCGCUCUUCUUCAUCCUCACUGGACUCCUCUCCGCCACCGUCCUCAUCUUCAUUCUGCUGGGCGUCGUGUGUCUCAGAAAGUCUUUCAGUGUUUUCCGUUGGUUCGCUCCAUUUUCUCACAGGUAUCGAUCUUUGGUCCGGACCGUCCGGCAGCUGCAGGGGAGGAAGUUGUUGCCGGAUUCUGACCUUCAGCUGGAAGCUCCCAUCACGCCUGUGAGGGCGCUCCCAGCAGCCGCAGCAGUGGCGGCGGCAGCGGCGGCGGCGGCGGAGCAGGUGAAGGAGGAGGAGGAGGAGCUUCCUCUCCAGACUCCCCUGCAGAAGGGCAGCACAGUCAGGCCCUCGUCCAGGAAGCUGUGGAAAGGCCUGCAGCAGGAUCCUCGCUUCAUGAAGUCAGACCUGAACCUGCUGCAGCUGAUCAAAGCGGGGAAGGAGGGCGUCUUCUACCAGGCCAGGAUGAGCAGGGGGACGUGUAAGGGCCACAACAUGUUCACCUGCAAGAUCAGCAAAGAAGGCGUCCGUCCCAAACACGUGGACGUAGAAGUUUCCAUCAUGAGGAAACUGAUGCACCACAAGAACAUCCUCCAGUUACUGGACUGGAACACCACUGAGGAGCCUUACAUCCUGAUCCUGGAGUACGUGAGCUACGGCACCCUGAGGACCUUCCUGCAGACCAACAGAGCGAACCUGAGUGCAGACGCCGAGCUGCAGAGCCUCCUCACCAUCGCCUCCUACCACAUCGCUCUGGCCAUGCAGCACCUGCGCUCCAAGAUGAUCGUGCACUGUGACCUGGCUCUCAGGAACAUCAUGGUGAACAGGUUUCCCUGGGAGGUGAAGGUGGCCGAGUUCGGUCUGGCCCGAGACUUGACCAGUUUAACGAGCCGCCGCAGCAGCCGCUGGAGGAGCCCCCGGCAGCGGGUUCCUCUGCGCUGGUAUCCACCUGAGUACUUCAAGAACAACUACUACAGCUUCAAGGGAGACGUGUGGGCGUUCGGCAUCGUGCUGUGGGAGAUGCAGAUGUUUGGAACUUUGCCGUACCCAGACCUGGAGACCUCCGAGGCUGUGGUGUACCACAUCUGUAUCGGCCAUAAAAACACGAACCCUGAAGGCUGCAGACCGGAGAUACUUCACAUCAUGCGAGACUGUUGGCAGGAGCCCUACACCCUGAGGCCCUCCUUCACAGACAUCAUCCAGAUGUUGGAGGACGUCAUGGAGAAUGACGCCGAUUAUGUGGACGUUGUGAGUCCACAGCUUCUGGUGAAGGAAGACAACGAGUAUCAUGAAGCCAAAUGUCUCCGAACUGCCAGCGUCACCGUGGACGAUACAAAUCCCAUUUAAACAAAUCCACUGCAGCAACAGAUCAAACUGUUCCCUGCACAUUUACAUACACACAACGCUUUGUGCUGUUUGAGAGACGGCAGCUGUGAGAGGAUCAGAAGAAAAAAAUACAACUGGAAAACAGCAUAAUGUUUUAUGGAUGAUAAAAAUAACAUACUUUCAUGUGAUUUUUUUAACUUUGGUUUUUCUUUGUUUUUUAUCCUAUUUUCACUAACUCAAAUAAAAUAUACAUUUUUAUA